CGUGCCAGCCAUCGGCGUUCCUUCCCCCGCCGCCGAAAUAGAAAUCACGCCCUAGCUCGAAGGCAAUGGCGCCACCGCCGCUAGCCACGGCGGCGGCGGCGGCCGAGGAGUUCUUGGAGGUGCGCUGCGCGGGGUGCGAGGAGACGUUGGAGGUGGAACGGGGGCUGACGGAGUUCGUCUGCCCCGACUGCGGCACGGCGCAAUCGCUCCCUCCGGAGCUCAUGCCGCGGCCCCGGCGGAGGGCGCUGCCCCUGCCGCGAGGCGCUGCGGGCGCACGCGGGGCCAGGCUUCCGUGCGGCGCCUGCGGCGAGCUCCUCAGUGUGCCGGUCGGGCUAUCGCGCUGCGCCUGCCCGCUCUGCGGCGCCCAGCUGGCCGUCGACUCCGCGCGCGUCCGGGACUACAUCCUCUCCUCCGCCGAGGCGGCCGUCGUGCCGCUCGCCGCCGCAUCUGUCCCACCGAUUGUUGCUGCUCGGGAGAAAUGGCAAGAGCGUCCUAGUUAUGCAAUGCGCGCAGGGCUACCACGAGCAGAACCUGAUGAACAACAGGGGUAUACUGAUCAUAUGAUUGAUGGAGAACAAAUACAUAUGGCAAAUGAGAAUGUUGCAAAUAAUAGCCUUCAGAGAAAUCGACUGCCCCUUGGCCGUCGUAUUGUAGGCAACAAGGAGAGACAAGCUUUGCCUCUAAAUGAGGUCAGAGAUCAUGUAAAUGAUCAGCACCCUAGUUACACUAUGCAGCCAAAGCGAGCACAGCUGGCACGCUUGCAUAGAGUCACUCAUUCAGAGGAGAUACAGGAUGGACUUCUCAGCCAUGAAGUUUAUGGAGAGGCGAGACAUACUGAACUGAUAGAUGAGGCUACUGCAACUCAUAGAAACCAGAGAGUCGGAUGCUCCGUUAGCCCCCAAACUGUAAGUAUAGGGGAGAGGCAUAUGAAGACUCCUGCUCAGAGCAUACAGCAGGUGCACAAACAGCCUUUUCAUGAGAGUCAUGCAGAAGGUAGUCAGUUAUACUGUCUGGAUCUUGAUGGGGUGGUUCAUCCACCUAUCAACCAAGCAAAACAUGGAGAAGAGGCAUCUACUGAGAUGAUCAAUAAAACACUUUCGAGGGAGAGCAUUCGGCCAACUGGAUGCGCUGUUGAACCCAACUCUGUUAAUGUAGAGAAGAGAAAGGCAUCGACGACAAAUCAGGCAAUUCGUGAGCAUAUCAGUCCUGCAACUAAUAGAGAAGCCAUGUGGUCUCUUCCUAUAAAGGAGACUACUGCAUCGUGUAGUAGCAAGCAGAAAAAAUCAAAGUUAGCUAAUGCUAAGACUAUUGGCAAGAAGAGACAUCUAGAACCACUGAACCACAUACAGCAGGCAGCUAAUGCUAAGACUAUUGGCAAGAAGAGACAUAUAGAACCACUGAACCACAUACAGCAGGCGGAAGGACAGACCUCUGAUAGCCGUAGUCAUGGAACCCAUGUCGACUUUGAGAGUCAAAGUAAGGCUAAUGAGAGGCCUGGCAACACCUCGGCUCUUAAGGAGCGGGAACAGGUUACACCUCCGAAUAAGCUGGCUGAUCUAAAACAGAAAAAUGUACGCACUAAUGAUGAAACCCAGAACGAGCAGAUUGAAGUUAAUGUUUCCAAGCAGACUAGUGGUUGGAGUUGGACUCAGAAGAAGAAUAAAAAAGGCUCAAUAGCUUCAUCAAAUGCAGGGCUUCAGCUUAGACAUAGUAAACGUUUGGCCAAAGAUUCAGCUGCUGCUAUAGAAAAUGAACCUCUAGAAAGUGACCCUGGUGACCUGCAGGAUUUUGGUCCUAAUGUCCAAGUGCCAGCAGAUGCCAUGGAUGACGAAUCAAUUGAAUGGGAGCCUCUUCAGCAGUGUCCUGCCUCUCCAGAUUGUGAAGUGUCAGUUGCCAGGACAGACACUGAAUCUGUAGAAAGUGAGAACGAUGAGCAAUAUGCUGUAUCUCCAGAUGAAAGCUUGUCUGAUUCUGACUAUCCAUACAGUUAUAGAAUGAGUGCUGGUCUUUACCCUAGCACACCGUCUGCGCAUAAGUUGCCUCAAGAAAACUCUGAUGAACUAGAUGACCUUGAUUUAACAACAACUCCUUCAAAUACUGAUAUGUCUGACCCUGAGCAUUUUGCGCGGAAUUAUUGUCGGUUAUUACCUCUAGAGGUCAGAAGGGCCCUUGCCAAGAAGAAAUAUAAUGUGUUCCAUGACCGUCUGACACCUGAGGGUUCCAAUAAGGUAUCCCUGCACGAUAUAACUGAUUCUGAAGAGCAGCAACAAGGUAAAAAGGGACACAAAGCAGGAGGUAAUCUUUGUGUCAAAAUGUGGACCUUGCCUGAGGGUGUACGGGUACCAGUCUCCUUGAACACUUUGGGCCUGCCAAUUGGAGAAAAUGCAAACAUGUUGAUUUACUUUCUAGGCGCACUAGCACGAGAUGGAAUAUUGGCGCCUCUCACAUAUAUAAGUUGGAAAAAUAUUCCAAAGGAGAACAAGGAUGUUAUGUGGCACAUUGUUAAGCUUAAAUUUGAUAUUGAUCCACCUCACGAGUUGUCGGUCCUGAGGUCCAUAAGAAACAAGUGGCGGAUUUGGAAAUCUUAUUUAAAACGGAAACACUAUGAUUCUCAUACAACUGAAGAGGAACGCCUUGCUGAUCGAGAUCCUCAUGUCUCAAAAGAACAAUGGCGAGUCCUUGUUGCAUAUUGGAAUACCGAAAAGGCAAAGGCCAGAAGUGCUGCAUCUAAAGCUUCUCGAGCCAAAUCAACCUAUGUCGAUAAAAUUGGAUCCAAGAGCUUUACACGGAUGCAUCAGGAAGAGUCACGAUCCAGUGACCCAUCUCUCGAGAAUCCCGAAGGGUCAGGAGAUGACUAUGCACCUGCCAUGGGUGCAAAAAGGAGGGCUAGUGCACGCACGUAUACACCUGGGCCCUCCACCAAAGACCUACAGGAAAGGUCAGACCCGCAAGCUGCAAGGGCCAAACGAAAGGCUGGAGAUGAAGUCUCCACACCGAGAAAGAAGGUGGUAGUAACAGAGGAAAGUCGCCCCAAAAACUCUCAGGAAAAUGCAGUCUUGGAAGCUGCGAGGGCUAAAAGAAAAGCUGAAGAUGAGGCAGCCGCUCUAAGGAAGAAGGUGAUAGUGAUGGAGGGAAGUCAGAAAAAGCUGCAGGAGGACUUGGCAAGAGUGACAAACGCAAUGAGUGCUAUGCAGAAGAUGAUGUCAACUGGUGGCUUACCAAAUGGAAUAAUGGGCGAACCAGUGAUGCCACCAAGUUUCCAACAGGAACCAAAUGAAGCGAGUUCCGAUGAUGUUUUGGAGCCGCAUAUUGUGUACUCAGGGCUACGUCAUCCUUCCUCGCAUAAUCAACGCACUCAAAGAGAUGGUAAUGCCAUCUCAUAUGUCCAAAUGCGCUAUUUUUUAAAUAAUACAUUUUUUAAUAAAUUAGAUAAAUAUUAUGUUGUUUUGAUAAUUUGCAAAAGUAAUAUGGCAUCGGCCGCAUCGAAGUCGACUGGCUUCCAUCGGGUUUGCUGGAGCCGACAGGUCCCAGUCGGCCACGACGAGGCUGAUAAGUGGCCCAUCGGCCAAGGCUAAUUUUUUUAAAUAAUACAUUUUUUUAUUAAAUUACACAAAUAUUACGUCGAAAAAAAUAUUUUUCACAAAUAAUACAUCGUCGGCCCUCAGCCGGCCGACUGGACCUAAUCGGCCCACAGCAGGCCGAUCGGCUUGUUGCUGGCCGACUGCUGGCCAGCCUGGCACGCGUCGGCCUCGGAUUGGGCUGGCCACGUCGCGAGGGGGAGGGAGGGAGCUGUCGGCGCGGGCGUGCCCCUGUCGGCCUACCGCGGGCCGAUCGGCCAGCUGCUGGCCGACAGGGUGCGGCCCCACCUCGCGCGCGGCUGGCCGGCUGCUCCCUGCGGCCUUAUCCUCCCCUUCCUCCCUUCUUCUUCUGUUCUUCUUCUGUUCUUACCUUCUCCUCUCUCUACACAAAAAUGCCA